CUCCGGGCGGCGCUGGCAAAGUUUGCUUUGAACUCGCUUCCCCCGCAGCCGGGUCCGCGCACGGUGAGCGGCUUCUCCCGGCUCUCCAAGCCGCGGCCAGGCUGCCCGGGUCCAGGGAGGGACCGGAGCCCGGCGGCCGCCGUGUUCAGGCACCCGGGGACGCUCCUCUUCCCUCCCCACCACCACCACCACCACCCCCGGCCCGCACCCCGGUCGGCACGUCCCCUCCCCUCCCGCAGGGAGCGGACAUGGACUUCGACUCGUACCAGCACUAUUUCUACGACUACGACUGCGGGGAGGAUUUCCACCGCUCCACGGCGCCCAGCGAGGACAUCUGGAAGAAAUUCGAGCUGGUGCCGUCGCCCCCCACGUCGCCGCCCUGGGGCUCCGGUCCCGGCGCCGGGGACCCAGCCUCUGGGAUAGGGCCCCCCGAGCCCUGGCCCGGAGGGGGCUUCGGGGACGAAGCGGAAUCUCGGGGCCACUCGAAAGCUUGGGGCAGGAACUACGCCUCCAUCAUUCGCCGCGACUGCAUGUGGAGUGGCUUUUCGGCCAGGGAGCGGCUGGAGCGAGUGGUGAGCGACCGGCUCGCCCCCGGAACCCCUCGCGGCAACCCUCCCAAGGCGCCCGCUGCGCCGGACUGCACUCCCACUCUCGAAGCCGCCAACCCGCCGCCCGCCGCCCCUUGUCAGCUAGGCGAACCCAAGACCCAGGCCUGCUCGGGGUCCGAAAGCCCCAGCGACUCGGAAGGUGAGGAGAUCGACGUGGUGACAGUGGAGAAGAGACAGUCUCUGGGUCUCCGGAAGCCGGUCACCAUCACCGUGCGGGCAGACCCCCUGGACCCCUGCAUGAAGCGUUUCCACAUCUCCAUCCACCAGCAGCAGCACAACUAUGCUGCCCGCUUCCCCCCAGAAAGUCACUCCCAAGAAGGGGCUCCAGAGGGAGCACCCCCAGGAGAGUCUCUGCAGAGAGAGGCUGCAGAGGAGAAGGAGGAGGAAGAUGAGGAAGAGGAGGAGGACGCAGAGAUGGUGAGCCUCCCGCCGGCAGAAAACCAGGCUUCUCAGCCCUGCCACCCCAGACCCGUCAGUUCCGACAUGGAGGACGUGACCAAGAGGAAGAACCACAACUUCCUGGAACGCAAGAGGCGAAAUGAUCUCCGAUCGCGAUUCUUGGCCUUGCGGGACCAGGUCCCCACCCUGGCUAGCUGCUCAAAAGCACCCAAGGUAGUGAUCCUAAGCAAGGCCUUGGAAUACUUGCAAGCCCUGGUGGGGGCCGAAAAGCGAAUGGCCACAGAGAAAAGGCAACUCCGCUGUCGGCAGCAACAACUACAGAAAAGAAUCGCGUACCUCAGCGGCUACUGACUGUCUCCCCAAGGCACGAGUUGAUUUUGUAACCUGCUCUAUCCCCUUUAGUAA